UGAUGCGUGUGGCGGCGGCGGGCAGGAGGCAGGAGGAGGAGGGCGGCGGGGGCGCGCCGCCCGGGGCUGAUUGGCCGCCCCGUUUAUAAGAGGUGCCCGGCCGGAGCGGCGGGGUUGUUUGCCGGCACUGGGGAGCUCGGUGGGGCCGCGUGUGGAGCCGUCGGAGCGGAGCGGAGCUGCGAUGCGUCGCGCCAGCCGAGACUACACCAAGUACUUGCGCGGCUCCGAGGAGCUGGGCAGCGGCGCCGCCCACGAGAGCGCCCCGGCGCCGCCGCCGCCCCCACCGCCCGCGCACCCGCACCCGCCGCCCGCGUCCCGCUCCCUGCUGGCCGCCCUCGUCCUCCUGGGGCUGGGGCAGGUGGUCUGCAGCGUCGCCCUCUUCCUCUACUUCCGAGCUCAGAUGGACCCUACUAGAAUUUCAAAAGAACAUGCACACUGUGUCAGAACACUUUUUGGACACCAAGAAAGUACAGAUUUACGCGAUGCCUCCUUUGAAAGUCAAGAAGCGAAGUUAAUGCCAGAAUCCUGUAGAAGUGUGAAACAAGCUCUUCAAAGGGCUGUGCAGAGGGAAGUUCAGCGUGCUAUGGGAAGAACACCACCAAGACCAGAAAAAGCUGCAAUGGAGGCAUUAGGACUUGAACUGUACAAGAGGCACAAACCUGAGAAGCAGCCAUUUGCCCAUCUCAUUAUUGAUGAUAAGAAUAUUCCGUCUGGAACUCGCAAAGUGAACCUCACAUCCUGGCAUCAUGACAAAGGCCAGGCAAACUUAUCGAAUAUGACAUUCAAUGAUGGAAAACUAAUUGUUAAUCAAGAUGGAUUUUACUACCUUUAUGCUAAUAUUUGUUUUAGACAUCAUGAGACUUCAGGAAAUUUGACUAAAAGAGGGCUUCAGUUGAUGGUGUACGUGAUUAAGACAAACCUUAAAAUAAGGCGCUUUGAUGUAUUGAUGAAGGGAGGAAGCACCAAAUACUGGUCAGGGAAUUCAGAAUUUCAUUUUUAUUCUGUAAAUGUAGGUGGUUUUUUUAAAUUAAAAUCUGGUGAAAUGAUAAGUAUACAGGUAUCAAACCCAUUGCUACUGGAUUCUUCACAAGAAGCAACUUAUUUUGGAGCAUUUAAAGUUAGGGAUUUAGAUUGAAUCUUUCUUUAGUGUGCUGAAAAUUGUUUGAGGUUUUUAGUUGUCCAAAAACAAUUUGAAGAACUGAAAAUCUUCUGCACCCCAAUUACAUCUAUAUAAGCCAUAUAUCUCUAAAGACACGGUUUUGUCCCAUGCAGACUCCAGUAGGAGUCCUGCAAAUACACAAAAGGGCAAAAUGAUACAGUUCUGAUUUUGUGUUAAAGCAAUUUCACUUCAUUUGUCUCCACUGGCGUCACUAGAGUCAUUGUGCCUUUUGCAUUGGUGUAGCUGAAAUCAAAACAAUUAAUAUUACUGAGCUUCUGUUUCCAAGUUCUGCCCUGAUUACCCUUACUAGUGCUGGUGCAAACAUAGGGCAGGACAGAACUUGGCUCCCAACUUGCAUUUAGGGCUCCAUUUCGCUUGGGGUUGAGUGUUCUGACCCUGAGACAGCAAAGACUAUGAAAGUGUGACUAAUCCCAUUGCAUCUGAUGUGGCUUUUCACACGUUGAAUUGGGGCGAUUUUGCUUUGCUGGAUUAGGGUUGGAGAGCUCAGACCAUGGCAGAAAUGGGUUGGAGAACAGCUAAACAGUUCAACUUAACUUUUACCUGAUUAAAAGGGCCAUUCCAGGAAGAAGGGAGCUCAUCUGGCCUUGUAGUUCCAAAAAGUUAAUUACAGGUCGUGUUAUUAUUGUUGCACAGUUAAUUGCAAAUAUAGAUUACCAAACUAUGCCGUGCCUUUAAGUAUUACAUUGUGCCAGAACCUGCAAAGACAUUUUUUAAACAAAAAAUAUGUAUUUUUAUAUUCUGUAAUAUCUAAAGUUAUAUUUCAGGUGUAAUGUUUUGUGUAAAAAAAAUGUAAAUUAUAUUGUCCUAUAGUAUUUGAUACAAAAUAUUUAAAAUCUCUUGCUGUUUGUAUAUUUAAUGUUUUAAACUGUUUUUAUGUACAGAUAUGUUAAACUGGUGCACUUUUUAAUCCCAAUGGGAAAAAAUGCAGCUAUAAGAGGUUGUUUGCAAUUAGCAAAUGUAAUAUAUAUCUUUGUUCUUCUUAACUUAAUAGAUUUCUUUUAAACUUGUCAGUAUUAAGGGAGGCAAAAUCACACCAAUGCCAUGAGUAAUUUCACCAGAAUGCUGGUCACUGGGUGCCUUUCAAACCUAGAGGGUAAUUAAACUGGCAUUAUAUAAAAAUGAAAUUUAAAAAAUAAUACAUAGUAAGCCCCAGAAAUAUUUUAGGGGUAUUUAUAGUUACUGAACAGGCAUAUUUUCCUACAACAAAAUCUGGCAGUCUUAAAUUCUGCAACCGAACAGUAACUUUUUUGCUUAGUUUCCUGAAAAAGUGAAGCUUAUGUCAUUGCAUUGCCUGUUCUUGUCUCCCACUGUAGCUUUUAAAACUCUGCACCCUUCUGCCAGCUUUGGCAAAUGAAUGGCAGAGUUAAGAGAUAUCCUUGCAGGUUUUAUGAGGACAGACAGCUGAGAACAACUCAGCCAUUUAUACAUUAUUUGUCAGUGGCUGGCCACUGUUCAUUUUAGCCAAGAGAUUGACUGGGGAGACUCCUGCAGCAGCGUGAGUUGUCGCUUGUGUAGUGCUUGGCCAAGAGAGGUGGGUGGGUACAGGGGCCAGGGGAGGGCUGCAAAUCCUGAGUGAUAUUUAGAGCACAUCUGGACAGGGGACAGCAGCUUGUUGGGUAAGGGGAUGAGGGAGGUUUGAAGUGUUUGUGUGCUCUAUGGAUGAUGUGGGGAAAGCCCCCUAUUUAUUGCAGGAAUCAAAUCUGUAGGAAUUUGGGAAUCUGUAGGAAUUUGGGAAUCUGUAGGAAUUUGUAGGAAUCUGUAGGAAUUGGGACUUCAUAAAAAUCCUCAGGCUUUUAAAUUUUUUUUUUUGUUAAAGGAACCGAGUUGAAUCCAAGCAAUGAUUUUAUACUGUAUAAUAAACGUUUCUUUUUAAUGUUAAUAUUGUUUUCUUACAAAAUAUAUUUCUAAGAAAAAAAACCCCAACUUUGUGAUUUCUUUAUUUUCGUGUGUACCUAUAUAUCUUAUGCAGCUUUGAUAAUUUUGUUCAGAUUUCAGAAUGUGCAGGCUGGGUAUGGUGCAACUCACUCAAGAAAACUGAGGCAUAAAUCAACUAUUUUGGGAAAAUGACAAUGGAUUUUAUGGAGUUUUGAUUUAUGGAGAUUUGAUUUUGGUCAGAUCUACAUACACCACCUUCAAGUCAGGUUAGAUCUUCAGGUGUUGGAAAUUCAGCUGAAAAUGAGGACUUCCCAUUUGUGUUUCACAUCAAACAGUUGUCAGUUCAAACCCAGAAAUGACUGAGGAAUCUGGGGCUCUUUUUUUUUUUUUUUUAAUUUCCAGGAUCUACAGGUCACAAUCAUUUUUUCUGCCAUAGAGAUGUCCAGUGGCAGGCUGGGAGAAAAAUGUCUAUUCCGUGUCUGUCCUGGGGGUUUAAGCCACCUUCUGGGAAGGUAGAGAUGGGGGUUCAAGUGAUUUGAAAGUAAAGUUAGACUUAGUAGCUGACCUCAGCAUAUGCCCACAGAUGAUGUGAUAUGAGGGAGGGGAGCCACCAGCACUAAAUGUCACCUGAAUGACAGUGGCUGUGGGCUGUGAGUGUGUUCUGGAGAAGGUCACAGGACCUCUAGCAUGUGUUGAAACCCUGAGCACAGACUUGCUGGUUGUCUGUGCAUCCCAAGCCACCAGAGCUGAGAAAAGGGCUCCUGAGGCUCACUUAGCAUGCAUGUUCUCAAUAGGAGGGCUGUAAGCAUUUACAUUUCACAAUACAAUACGAGGCUUUAAAUUUCCCUUGUGCGACAACUUUGAAGCCUAAAUGGUUUGAGGUUGUGGUGGUUGUGUGGGUUUUUUUACUUCCUUAGCAUCUUGUGGCUGCAAGUUUGUCCAGUUGUGUGAUGAGCUAGGUGGGAGGGUUGUGAUAAUGCCCUCGUGGGGCUUUAUAGGCUACUGUGAGAGUAACAAUUAGAAGCCAAGCCCUAACUCUGCUCUCUACAAAACAGAAAUCAAGUAAGAGAUCUCAUUAUUAUUCUGCCUCUCAUGCCUUGGUCCCUUCCUUAGCCUUUAUGCAUUCAAAAGGAAGGAGGAAGCUCCAGGUAGAGCUCUAGGUACAGUUUGACUUUGUUUUUUAUAUCAGAGCAGCCACAGAUUGAAAAGCUCCAGUGCUGUCAUUUGAGGCAACCUGGGCACGUAUUCCAAGAUGAUGAAACCUGCACUACCACUGACCCUCCUGAAACCAAGCAUUCUCCCAGGAGUCUCCAUUCCUCUGUGUCUGCUUCAUUUAUUUGAUUGCUUCAUCAGAACACAAUUAAUGAAAAGAGCAGACUAAUCAAUUAAUGGAGAGAGUUACCUUGAGGAGAAGGGGGUGUACUCUAGGCAAAGAAAAGCACCCGUGACUCUUAUUUUAUAAUCUUCAAAAGAUAAUUUUGGUCUGUGGAUAGAGGGUGAUUAUUUGCUGAAAAUUGAAGUUAAAAACACCUUACUUGGAAGUAAUUUAUUUGCAAUUCAGUGUAUUUGUGUGCAUGUAAACAUCUGUAUAUUCUUACCAUGUUCUUACUAAGUUAACUUUUAUACAUGGGGUUAUGAUUGCAUAUUUUGGCACCUGGGCACUCCUCCCCCCGCCUUCCCAAACUCACUCCAGCCAGUGGCUGUUUCUUUUUCUGUCUAUCCCACUUCCUUUUCUCUGGCUCCUUCCAGCUGCCAGUGUGUUCUGCUCACCCCACUCUUACAGCUCCUUUUCCUGGUGGUAGCAACAGCCUUGGUUCUGAUCUGGGUAUACUCCCUUAUUUGGCCCACUUUCAGGUAGCUUUGCUGUGCCUUGGCGUGGAAAAGAGUGAGAAUUUUGUUUUUCAAAAAGAUUUUUGAACCUUUGGUGCAAGGACUGAGCUGGAUAGGAAUGAAGAAAAGUAGUUGGGGAAUAAGGAACCAGCUGGUUGGACACUAAGUAUUCUGUGCUGCCCUUGGUUUUGAGUACCAGCUUUGGAGGGCUCCAGACAAUAACCACAUAUUUGUACCCUGCUGUUAAAAAAUUAGUCUGCAGCAAAACUUAAUAUAGAUGGCUGUAUGCAGCAUUUUGCUGUGGUGAUCAGAGAAAAAUCACACCUAAAACAGAAAAUGCUCUUGCACAUAUAAGCAGGUAAUUCUUGUUCUUUCUCCCUCUCUGUAUUGGUGUUUUGUCCAGUAUUUCAUGGUUGCUGUAUUUGGGUUCACAACCUGCAGACUUUGCCAACUGUUUUUUUUUUCUUUCAGCUCACUGGGGUCUGACUCUGUAGAUCCCAUACCUUUCCCUAAUGUCUCCAUUUGUGACUAGCUCCAAAGCAAAGCUCAGUCAUGGAAAGCUGAGAAACCUGUGUCAACUUGAGGUUGUUUGAAUCAGAUUUCAAAAACUUCUUGGCAACUUCAAGUGGUUUUUUCUGCUUUUUUUUUGCCUUAAGUCUGGAUGUGCUGGGGUUUCUAGCUGUGUUUCCAAGGAAAUAUUUGUGCUGGGGUGGAGGUGAGGGCUUUGGUAUCUUUGAUAUAGUGCUGUCUGUUCACAGUCCAUUUUAUGAAGUUUAGAGAGGGCAUAUUUUCCUUCCAUUUGUUCAGUGCUUGAGCAAUGUGCUGUUUUACUGCCUGCUUUCUUGUGCCACACUGCUUUUCCCAAGACUGCACGUCACCAAAUGCCAAUCAAUUUAUGCUUGGCUGUGACAGAAGACAAGCAGGAACUCCAAUUGCUUUCAGCUCUCUACAUGCUGCAAGUCACAAAAUGAUAGAUUCAUUUUCCCAGCUUUCUGGAUCUUGAUUUGUUCACUGCACAAGAAAUCCCUGGUGUUUUUUUAAGUAGAGGUUGCCAGAAUCCUCCUUUGACUACCAAGGUGCUAUUAUAUCUUCACAAAGUAGCUGCUUUCUCAUCCUGUAGGUUCCAAACUACCUCAGUCCCUGUCUGCAUUAUCAGGUAUGAAUAAGGAUGCCUGAAGGGUGGCUUUGGUGACCCCAGCUCCUUAAGGGGAAGAUUUACAAGUAGGAUCUCCUCCCCCUGUCCCCUACACCACAGGGGAUGGAUUUUGGAGGCACUGAGACAUGAUCAGAUGGCAGAUAACUUUUUGGGAACUUCAGAUAUACAACUUCUCUUGUAUAU